AUGAAAACUUGUACCGCUUGCUUUGAUGUCCGCGGGAAGCACUUAUCCGAGGCAAGGCACUGGUCGGCGCCAGAAGUGUUUGGUCCGCGGGCGCAUUUCUCCACCUCUCCGCCCCCCGCGUCACUCCUGGUGCGUGACGUAAAGCGACGCGACGAGGGCGUCUACCGCUGCAGGGUCGAUUUCAGGAACACGCAGACGACCAGCUUCAGAUACAACCUCACUGUCGUAGUGCCUCCAGAGAAGCCAGUGGUAGUGGACCGCUGGGGGCGCGUCAUCAACACCACCACGCUCGGACCUCAUGAAGAGGGGGAUGACGUCCUGCUCACCUGUCGAGUACUCGGAGUUGCAGAUAUUAUUGUUCAAAAUGAUAGAGUUUUAGAAGAUAACGAAAGUUCCCAAGAAGAUGACAUGAAUGACACUGACAAAGACAGCGACGAUGAUGAUGAUGAUUAUGAAGAUGCCUCUUUUUUUUGUCGUCCAGAGCCAUCGGUGCGGUGGCUCGUCAACGGCGUGCUGGUGGACGAGGAGUACGAACAUAACACCGGCGACGUCAUAGAGAACAGACUCCUCUGGCCAGCUAUACGGCGCGCCGACUACGCCGCUGUGUUCACUUGUCAGGCCACGAACUCGCAUCUGAUACCGCCGAAGGAACUAUCUCUCGUAUUGGACAUGUUUUUGAGGCCACUCACAGUUGAGAUAAAAAAGCCGUCAGAGCUCGGCGAGGGCGGUGUGCUGACAGCCGAGCGUCGUUACGAAGUCGCGUGCGAAUCGGCCGGCAGUCGUCCACCCGCUGUCGUCACGUGGUACAAGGGCAAACGCCAACUCAAGAGGAUAACUGUGAGUAUUCUUACAAUAGAAUUGGACGCUGUACCAUGCUUUGUUAACAUUUUCUCCUGUUCCAUUUAUAACAUUACUUAA